GGAACCUGAAUUCUCGGUCUCUGUAGACGGGGACUGAAUAAUACGGGACACAACCGGGAAAACACAAAUUGAGGGAACAUGGCGCGGGCUGCGAAGACGGCGAUGGUUCUGUGUAUGGACGUGGGAUUCGCCAUGAGUCACUCCUAUCGGGGGGAGGAGACGCCCAUCAUGGAGGCCAAGAAAGUCAUGAGGCUGUUUGUGCAAAGACAGGUGUUUGCAGAAACCAAGGAUGAGAUUGCGGUUGUGCUGUUCGGCACUGAUGGCACAGACAACGCCCUGGCGACCGGUGACCAAUACCAGAACAUCACCGUGCAGCGACAUCUCAUGCUUCCUGACUUCCAGCUGCUGGAUGAGAUCGAGAAUAAUCUCCAGGCCGGGGCCCAGCAGGCCGACUUCGUGGACGCCCUGAUCGUCUGUAUGGAUCUUCUCCAGAAGGAGACGCUCGGUAAGAAGUACGAGCGCCUUCACAUCGCCGUCCUGACGGAUCUGAGCAGUCACUUCUCCGAGGAUCAGCUGCAGAUCAUCAUCGCCAACCUAAAGAAAGCCGGCAUCACCCUGCAGUUCUUUUUACCCUUCCCUAUAGAUGACGAUGAGGACGGAGCCGGGGGUCAGGAUGGAGGAGAUGACGGACGGAGGCUCGGCCCACCCAAAGGACUGUCUGACCAGCAGAAAGAUGGCGUCCGGAUGGUGAAGCAGAUCAUGUUCGCCCUGGAGGGGGAGGACGGCCUGGACGAGGUUUACACCUUCAGAGACAGUCUGGAGAAACUCUCCAUCUUCAAGAAGAUCGAGCGGACACCUAUGCCGUGGCAGUGUACAAUGACCAUCGGCUCCCAGAUCUCCAUACGGAUUGUGGGAUACAAGUCUGUCACAGAGGAGAAGGUGAAGAAGAGCUGGAUGAGCGUGGACGCCAAAUCGCUACGAAAAGACGACGUCCAGAAGGAAACCGUGUUCUGUCUGAACAAUGACGAGGAAACCGAGGUCCAGAGAGAUGACACCAUCCAAGGAUUCCGCUAUGGCAGUGACAUCAUUCCCUUCUCCAAAGUGGAUCAGGAACAGAUGAAAUACAAAAUCGAAUCCAAGUGCUUCUCUGUCCUGGGGUUCACUAAAGCCUCACAGAUCGACAGGACUCAUUUUAUGGGCAACCAGGUCCUAAAGGUCUUCGCCCCAAAAGAUGAUGAAGCCGCUGCAGUUGCUCUCUCCGCUUUAAUUCAUGCUCUUCAUGACAUGGAAAUGGUGGCCAUCGUACGCUACGCCUACAACAGAAUCUCUAACCCUCAGGUCGGAGUGGCGUUCCCGUGUAUCAAGGAGAAAUAUGAGUGUCUGGUGUAUGUACAGAUGCCGUAUAUGGAGGAUCUCCGUCAGUAUCUCUUCUCAUCUCUCAGUAAUAAGAAGAAGGUGAAGCCCUCAGAUGCUCAGCUCUCGGCCGUGGACUCUCUGAUUGACACGAUGAGUUUGGUCCAUGAGGAUGAGGAGGGGGUUGAAGAUUUAUUGAAACCAAGUAAAAUCCCAAAUCCUCAGUUUCAGAGAUUAUUCCAGUGCCUGCAGCACAAGGCCUUCCACCCCGAGGACCCCCUCCCGGACAUAGAUCAGUAUCUCCUGGACAUGCUGCAGACCCCUGCACCGGUGAAGGCUCGCUGUAAGGCUGCACUGACCAAGGUGAAGAGCUGCUUCCCCCUCCAGGAGUCGGCCAAGAAGAAGGAGCCGGUGACUGCGCAGAACAUCUUCACUGACAGUAACCAGGGGCCCGAGGCCAAGAAAUUGAAGACUGAGGAUGAGGAUUUCAAUAUCGCAAAAUUGGCUGAUGGCAACAUCACAUCUGUGGGAAGUGUGAACCCGGCCGAUGACUUCCGUGUCCUGGUCAGAAAGAAAUCCUCAGACUUCCAGGAUGUCAGUAAGCAGCUGAUGAAGCGGAUCCACGAGUGUCUGGACAUGAAGCAGCUGCAGUAUUACAUCAAGAGCCUGAGCUGCAUCAAGUGUUUCCGGGCGGAAGCUGUUCGGUUGUCCCGCGCACAGGAGUUCAAUGGCUUCCUCCAGUCUUUAAAAGAUCGGACGGCGAUCGGCGUGUUCAAGGAAUUCUGGGAAAUCUUGGUUCAGGAUGGGAUUUCCCUGAUAACACGUGAAGAAGUUACAGACAGCGCGGUGACUCCGGACGAGGCCAGACAGUUCUUGGUCCCGGUUGAGGAGAAGGAGGAGGACACGUCCAUGGCGGACGAGGGCGGAGACGUUGAUGAUCUGCUGGAUAUGAUAUAAUGGAGUCGUCUGAACAUCAGAUACAACAAGACUGACGUUCUAUUGUAUUUUCUAUCUGUUGUUGUGGAGAUGGAGUUCGGCCGAUCACUGAGGAGGUGUCGGAUCUCACAUGUUUAUUUACUUUUUUUGUCUUCUUCUUCUUGUUUCUUAGCACUUAGACCCUUCUAACGCUGGGUUCACACUAUGUUUGUAGUGUACAAGUGACUGAUCCGGUUGGGAGGAGAGAAAAUCGUCCGGAUCCGGCCCGGACCUGAUUCAUUACAAU